GUGUUUGAAAGAGAGUUCGAUGAAUUUUGCUUGUGCAGCUAGUAGAGUUUGGAACGUUGAUGCGUUACAACCGAUAAAAAUAUACGGAGGUGAAGAUUCUUUUGGUUUUUCCUCGUCCAUGAGACGUUUCUCGUUAUUCUAUCUAAUUCGAGUGAAGUAAGCGAGAGAGUAAUUUAGUGAUUAGUGUUUGCAUUUGGGACUAUUUGAUUCCGACAGGACUGUUUAUCAAAUUAAAACAAAAAUAGUGCACAGCACUAACAAACAUUUUGAACUGUUCAACAAAAUAUAAAGAAAAGUAAAAAAAAAAAUACGAACGAAAAAGUGUUUUAUGUGAACUAUUGAAAAACGAUAACUUGAGUUCCUGAUUCCGCGAAUGUUCAAGUGUUUCAUUAUUUUCUACAUCAAUUGAAAAACAGAAUAUUCGUCUGUCAACAAAAUUACGGAUUCAUCGUAAAAGAGAUGAUCAACAAGUUUUGCACAGCGCACUCAACUAACAUUCAACGGAAAGCAGACAACGUGAAUUGAAAGAAACGAAUCAAAUGCGUGUGUACGGUUGAAUCAAAACAAAGUGCAGAAAAUCAACAGAACAAUCGUGUGUAAUUGUCGAUGCAAUUUUUUGUUCGUUUUCGUUUUAUCGUUUUUUAGUGUUUUUGAUUGUUCAUCCUUCGUGUGUUCAUUAAACGUGCUGGUCAUUGUGAAUGCUCUUUUUAUUCCUCUCCACUCUCGUCUUCUCUCACAUGCAUUUCCUCGUGAACAGGACUGAAGUAAAGAGCGAGUGAAAAAAAAACCGAACUCAAGCAGAACAACAUUAAGUGAACAAAAAACCGCAUCAAGCACAAGGAGAAUAUAUUGUUGUUACAAAAAAGAACAACGAAAAUAACUUUGAAAAUAAAAAAAACAACUCGAAUUAAACGUAACAGCGUGUAAAUACUUAUAGUCGGAUUUAAAGCAAUAAAAUCGAAGAACAUAAUCAACCACAAUAUAGUAGCAAAACGAUACGCGCACGCCUAACCAUUUGCAGUUGUUGUUAUUAUUACUUUUUCCACUGCAACCUAUCAACUUUCAUUUGCGCGUCAAACAAAUCGCCUUUAACCCAAAAAAAGAAAGAAGCAGAAGAAGGAAUAACAACACUCGUCGAAACAACAAUAACAAACACACACACAGUGAGAGAAAAAAAAACACCGACAGCCUAUCGACAUCUUCAGAACCAUUUGCAAGCCUCUGAGUGUCAUAAGCAAAAGCAAUUCAAAAAUCAACAACAUUGAGUGUGAGUAAGUUUCGGACCAAAUGUGCAAUUAUUACCUUUUUGCCAUUUCAAGUGUAAGGCAAUAAACAAUAAAUGCGAGAAUUCUCCUUUUUUCAACAAAAAAAAAACCAUUAAAGAUUAUCAUUGAAUAAAAUCGAGACACGCACACAUAUACAAUAAAAAAGGCUUCGCCAAAGUAUACUUGAAAUCAAACAAGAAAAGCAACAAAACGAAAAGAGUGUGUAUAAAAGUGUGCGGUAAUGACUAUUCGAUUGAAUGCGAAAAAAAAUUAAUCGAUUGUCGUCGCAAUUGAGAAACAACAAAGAAUUUUUGCAUCGUUUGACUCGUUCCCGGUGUUAAAAGUGUGAGAAUAUAAAAUAUUGUUGUGUGUGCACAGCCGAACAAACGGGGUGCUGUUGCAAUUUUAUAUUUGAAUAGUUUUUAUUCUUAUGCCAUUUACUUUUCCAGCUGAUUACGCAAACGGUAUUCACUCUGUGUAUCGACAUUAAAACAAUCCGACUGUAAUCGAAUAAAUCUCUAUGCGUCUCCAACGACAAAAGAGCAACGUAAACUUUUUUCAUUAAAUUCGGUUUUUUUUUUCAUUCUUAUUCUUCUUCAAACAUUGUGUGCUUAUUUCCCGCGCAUUGAUUUUUUUUUAAAGGACCACAACGACAACCAGUGUCCACAAAUUUAGUCUUCGUUAAACAACAAGCGAAUGAAAUAAAAAAAAGUAUACCAAGAAUUCAACGUUAAAAAAAAAACAAAUUACUCAAGUGAAUCGAAGAACAAAAACACACUAAAAGCCAGUCCGUGUGUUUUCGAGUGCAUUUUCAAACAAUUUUAAUGCAUUUACUCGGCAAGUAAUUGUGUCUGUACAAAUAGCACUCUUUUUCUUUUAUUAUAUACGUUUUUUUGCUUCUCUCGUGUAAUCAAGUGUUAUUAUUUGAGGCUCUAGAGUGAAAAGAGAGAAAGACAUUGCAAAAGCGAAAAAAAAGAGAACAAUCAACCAGAAUCAAGUGGUCUAAACCAUUAUAAUUUGUGCUCGCUACAAAUUCUAACUGUAUCAAAAUAGCUUGAGAAAAUCCAUUAAAUGAACUCUGACAUUUGAAAAAACAACGAAAACAAGCAGCUCAAUUGAAGAGGAAGAGUGUCUCUGUGCACAUUUGGGAUACGAAGCGAAAUUUUAGUUCGCAUUUCGCACGAAAAACACCCAACAACAGUUGUAACACAGCAAGCAUACAGCGAUAACAACAAAAACAAGAUCACCACAAAUGACAAUUUGAAGGUCCGAAAAGUCAUAUGUGAGAAAUAAUGUCGAAUAUGAAAAAACCACCGCUUAAUUGGGUGGUGAAUGCAACGACCACCAGUUUAGUCAUUUUACUGUUGCAAUUGAUACCGUACGGAAAUGGUGAUUCAUCAUUUGGAACGUUUAGUAACGUUGGCAGUGUUGGCAUUUUUGUGCAUGGUACAAAUUUGGCAAACACAGCAAUUGGCGGCACGGGCAAUGGCAUCGGCAAUGGCCAAAGUAGCAUCGAUCAAAAAUGUCCACGAGUUUGUACGUGCACCGGCCAAACGGUUGACUGUUCACAUCGAGAUUUACAACAAGUACCCAGACGCAUACCAUUGGACGCUGAACGACUAGACUUGCAAGGCAACAAUAUCACGGUUAUCUUUGAAAUGGACUUUCAGCAUCUAUCGAAAUUGCGCAUUUUGCAAUUGACUGACAACGAAAUUCACACCAUUGAAAAGGACGCCUUUCAAGAUCUCAUCUCGUUGGAACGACUGCGUCUCAAUAACAAUCGCUUGAAGGCAAUUCCAGAUAAUUUUCUCGCAAAUUCAGCAAAUCUAUUGCGAUUGGAUUUGUCGCAUAAUUCGAUGCAAAUAAUCGGUCGAAAGACAUUCAAAGGUGCCACAUCAUUACGAAGUUUGCAAGUCGAUAACAAUGAAAUUACAUGUUUGGACGAACAAGCCUUCCGAGGUUUAGGAGAAUUGGAGAUUUUGACUCUGAAUAAUAAUAAUAUCACAGCGUUGCCACGUGAAAUUUUCAGUGGAAUGCCAAGAAUUCGUGCGCUACGUUUAUCGGAUAAUCCAUUUACAUGUGAUUGUCAUUUGUCGUGGUUGUCGCGAUACUUGCGUAAUUCACCGCGCUUGGCUCCAUACACCCGAUGCCAUUCGCCUAGUCAAUUGAAAGGGCAAAGUUUGGCCGAACUACACGAGCAUGACUUCAAAUGUUCAGGUUUAACAGAGAAUGCACCAUUGGAAUGUGGUGCCACAAGCAGUUGCCCAUAUCCAUGCCGUUGUGCCGAUGGAAUCGUCGAUUGUCGUGAGAAAAGUCUAACAAGUGUACCAUCCGAAUUGCCGGAAGAAACAACUGAACUACGUUUAGAACAGAAUUUCAUUACGGAAAUUACACCAAAAGCGUUCGCCAAUUUCAAACGUUUGCGACGCAUCGAUUUAUCGAAUAAUAAUAUCUCACGAAUUGCACACGAUGCAUUCAGUGGACUUAAAUCGUUGACCACACUCGUUUUAUAUGGUAAUAAAAUAAAAAAUCUGCCAACAAACGUGUUCCGUGGAUUAACAUCCUUGCAAUUGCUGUUGCUGAAUGCAAACGAAAUCUCAUGCAUUCGCAAAGAUUCGUUCAAAGAUUUAACCAGUUUGAGUUUAUUGUCGUUGUACGAUAAUAAUAUUCAAUCGCUCGCAAAUGGAACAUUCGAUUCAAUGAAGAGCAUACAAACGCUACACUUGGCACGGAAUCCAUUUAUAUGCGAUUGUAAUUUACGCUGGUUGGCUGAUUAUUUGCAUAAAAAUCCAAUCGAAACAAGCGGAGCACGCUGCGAUGCACCCAAACGUAUGCACCGAAGACGCAUCGAAGCAUUGAGGGAUGAAAAGUUCAAAUGUAACAAUGAUUAUCGAACACGUGACGUAUCUUGUCGUGUCGAUACUGAAUGCCCGGCUGCAUGCCAUUGCGAACGUACCACUGUUGAUUGUUCGGCACGUGGUCUCAAGGAAAUCCCACGGGAUAUACCACUUUACACGACCGAAUUAUUAUUGAAUGAUAAUGAAUUGGGCCGUAUUAAAUCGGAUGGUUUGUUUGGUCGUUUGCCAAAUUUGGUGAAAUUGGAUUUGCGUCGUAAUCAAAUUACCGGCAUCGAACCCAAUGCAUUUGAAGGUGCAUCGAAAAUUCAAGAUUUGCUCAUUGCCGAAAAUAAAAUCACCGAAAUUCAUAAUAAAAUGUUCUUAGGACUGCACAAUCUUAAAUCAUUAUCAUUGUACGAUAACAGCGUUUCAUGCGUCAUGCCCGGCUCCUUUGACUACUUAUCAUCGCUUCACACAUUGAAUCUCGCAUCGAAUCCAUUCAAUUGCAAUUGUCAUUUGGCAUGGUUUUCGGAUUGGUUACGUAAACGUGGAUUCUCCGGAGCAAAUUGUGCUGCACCGGCUAAAGUUCGUGAUAUUCCAAUUCGUGAUUUACCGCCGCAUGAAUUUAAAUGCUUAAGCGAUGCAGAUGAAGGUUGUUUGGGCGAAGGUUAUUGCCCACCAUCAUGUACAUGCACCGGAACGGUUGUACGCUGCUCACGUAAUAAAUUGAAGGAAAUUCCACGUGGCAUUCCAGCCGAAACAUCGGAAUUAUAUUUGGAAUCGAACGAAAUUUCAAUGAUCCAUCAAGAUCGAAUCAGCCAUUUGAAAUCAUUGACCAGAUUGGACUUGAGCAAUAAUCAAAUCUCCGUUUUAUCAAAUUACACAUUCGGCAAUUUAACGAAGCUUUCAACAUUGAUCAUAAGUUACAAUAAGUUGCAGUGUGUUCAACGAUAUGCUUUGACUGGUUUGAAAUAUUUGCGUGUAUUAUCGUUGCAUGGUAAUCAAAUUUCGAUGAUACCAGAGGGAACAUUUUCGGAUUUGCAAGCCAUCACCCACAUUGCGCUUGGCAGCAAUCCAUUGUAUUGUGAUUGUUCGUUGCGUUGGUUAUCGGAUUGGGUGAAAUUGGACUAUGUUGAGCCUGGAAUUGCACGAUGCCAAGAGCCCGAAUCGAUGCGCGAUAAAUUGCUACUAUCAACGCCAUCAAAUCAAUUCCAAUGCAAAACAAAAGUCAGCGAUGAAAUCUUAUCGAAAUGUGAUGCUUGCUUUACAUUCCCAUGCCAAAAUGAGGCCGUAUGCCAAGCACAAGCUGAACGACAAUAUGAAUGCGUUUGCAGACCAGGCUAUCAUGGUAAACAUUGUGAAUUCAUGAUUGAUGCUUGCUACGGUAAUCCAUGCCGAAAUGGCACUUGUACUGUACUUGAAGAGGGACGUUUCAGUUGCAACUGUGUGGCCGGUUACACUGGUUCACGAUGCGAAAUGAACAUUGACGAUUGCAGUGAAAACAAAUGCGAAAACAACAGUACAUGCAUUGAUGGCGUUGAAUCGUAUACGUGCCAAUGUCCAUCUGGAUAUUCUGGCCAAUAUUGCGAAACAAAAAUACCAUUCUGUACGGAAUUCAAUCCAUGUAAAAAUGGCGCCAAAUGCAUUGAUCAUUUUACACAUUAUACAUGCGAGUGUGCACCGGGCUAUCGUGGUGCCAAUUGUACAGAGGACAUCGACGAUUGUCAAAAUCAUAUGUGCCAAAAUGGUGGAAUUUGUGUCGAUGGAAUCAAUGAUUAUGUUUGCAAGUGUCCAGAUGAAUAUACUGGUAAAUUCUGCGAAGGAACACCACUGGUUGCCAUGAUGUAUCCACAAACAUCACCAUGUCAACAUCAUGAAUGUAAACAUGGUGUAUGCUUUGUACCGAAUCCAUUAUCGUCGGAAUACGUGUGCAAAUGUGUACCGGGCUAUUCGGGUAAACGUUGUGAAUAUUUGACAAGUAUCAGUUUCGUGCAAAAUAAUUCAUUCGUUGAAAUGGAACCGCUUCGAACAAAACCAGAGGCAAAUGUUACGAUUAUAUUUAGUAGCUCACAACAGAAUGGGGUGCUAUUAUAUGAUGGUCAAAACGAGCACUUGGCAGUUGAACUCUUCAAUGGAAGAGUCCGUGUCAGCUAUGACGUUGGAAAUCAUCCAGUCUCAACAAUGUAUUCGUUUGAGAUGGUGGCUGAUGGAAAAUAUCACAUGGUUGAAUUGCUUGCGAUUAAAAAGAACUUUACACUACGUGUUGAUCGUGGAUUGGCUCGGUCCAUCAUCAAUGAGGGUAGCAAAGAGUAUUUGAAAUUGACAAAACCACUAUUUCUGGGUGGUUUACCAGUCGAAUCCGGUCAACAAGCGUAUAAAAAUUGGCACUUGCGCAAUUUGACCAGUUUCAAAGGAUGUAUGAAGGAGGUUUGGAUCAAUCACAAACAAGUUGAUUUUGGUAAUGCGGCCAGACAACAGAAGGUAACACCGGGCUGUGCACUGCUCGAUUCUGAUUCCGAAAGCAAUGAACAAGAAGAAAUCGAUGUUAUGCAAGAGACCCAACAUGUGCUCAGAGAAGAGGUGGAUCCAUGCAGCGAGCACAAAUGUCGUCGUGGUAGCAUUUGCGUUGCAAAUAGCAAUGCAAAAGAAGGCUAUUCAUGUCGUUGUAAGAUCGGAACGCGUGGAAAAUAUUGCGAGCAAGGUGAGGGAUCCGCACCGAGCAAUCCCAUAACUGCAACUUCAACGUGUCGUAAAGAGCAGGUUCGCGAAUAUUAUAGCGAAAAUAAUUGCCGUUCGCGUCAACCAUUGAAAUAUGCAAAAUGUGUUGGCGGAUGCGGUAAUCAAUGUUGUACAGCGAAUAUAACACGUCGCCGAAAGGUUCGAAUGGUUUGCAGUAAUAAUGCAAAAUAUGUUAAGACAUUAAACAUAGUACGUAAAUGCAGUUGCAGUAAGAAAUGCAACUGACUGCACGAUGCGGCUACCCAAAAUGAAAAGAGUGAGUCGAACACCGACUCGAUCUCAGUGCGAAAUGAACACAAACAAAUAGAAGAUACAGAUACAGACAAUGAAGAAGAAGAAGAAACAAACACUGAUUCAAUGAAACAACAACAAACAACAUACAAAACAAAUAGUUAUACAUAUAAUAGUUUUAGUAGUAGUGGUAACAUAAACAUCGAUUAUGAAACUGAAUCGCAAACGAAUGCCGAUUCAAAAAUGAAAACAAUUAGUAAUGGUAAUGCUAAUAACGAAGAGACAAGAAAACAAUUCGAAAAUGAUGAUAAAAUAAAACCAAUGGAAAGUACCAUUGUCGAACACCAUACAGAACCCAUUGAUCAUAUCGAAGUUGAUCAAUUGUAUAUGGAUGAUGGUGCGGCGACCGAAGAGAAAACUUCACCAAGUACCGAAGAUUUUCAUGAUGAUGAUGAUGAGGUGGCGAACGAUGGUUCGAUACAAUUGGGAAUGUUACGAAGUCGAACAUUUUUCCCAGAUGACGAAGAUGAUGACGAUGAUGAUGAUGAUCGAAAGGGCGGCGAUCGUGCCGAACAUAGUGGCGCCGGUGGAAUUGAUAAAUAUGGCGAUUAUGAAAAUGAUAAUGUGCAAAAUCGUGGCACUGAUCGACAAUAUAAACAUAAAAAUAGCUUUAGUUCAUUAGAUGACAAAGGGAAAGCACAUGAAAACGAUGAUUUCGAUCGACAUCCAUAUCAAUCGAGUAAAGCCGAUUCAAAGGAUGCGAUUAAAAUUAUUUCCACACCAUUGGGCAAAGUGUCAAUAAUUUAUCAAUCGAAUACAAACAAUAACAACAAUAGCACCACUGCCAAUAAUAGCAAUGAUAGUAAAACGAAAUUGUUUGAUAAUUCGAAUCAAAAUAGCAUGAAUAAAUUUAAGAAUUUCUUUAGUCACAAUAUAAACGCCGGCGCUAAACAGAAUUCAACCAAUUCGUAUCGAAUGAAUAAAAAUCAACAUCAUCGACACAAUCAUCAUCAACAUUAUCAUCAACAACAACAGGCGGCGUCGUCGUCGUCAACAUCGUCGUUGCCAGUGGCAAACGGUGCUGACACCACAUCAAAGAGUCGUCCAAACUCAAUGAAUGACAAAACGAAAUUACUCCAAAAACAAAUAACACCAGUAUUGACGGCCGAUGGUAAAGUAGCUCUACUUUAUCGCGGUGCACAAGAUACAAAUAAUCAACACAAAGUUGAAGUGGGCAAAAAUCUAACCGAUUUCACACAAAGUGUAAACAGUCAAGAAAGUGUUAUUAAUGGUAAAAUGAAUUACAAUGUGGUUAGCGAAAGCGAACCAAAACUUCCCGAUGGCAUUCCGAUUGAAACAGUUGUCGCAGCAGCAGCAAAUGCAAAUAAUCAAACGGAAAAAAUUGCGAUAAAAAAUACGGAAAAAUUGGCAGUGAUUGUAGCGGCUGAAACAACAACAACUACAACACGAACGAAACUUACAACAUUUGCGCCCGUCGCAAAUACCGAACGACCCGUUCUAAAACUCUUCAAAUCGGACGAAAACACCAGCCGAAAUACAAACGAAGAGGAAAAUUCAAUUUUACCAAAUAUAAAUCGGCCACCGUCGGAAGUGUUGGGCAUUAAAAAGAAUCAAUUUACACAAUUCCGUAUUACGGAUAUGAUUGCAACCGCAACACCAACCCUAACAAGUCAAGAUGUCACCGAAAAAACGCCACUUCUAUACGGCAAUGAGGUUCCAAAAGCUAUCGAUUCAUUAAAUAAUGAACACGAUCCACAUGGACAAGAUGGUUUCGGUUCAUCGAUUGAUUAUGAUUAUAAUGCAAAUCGAGAGAAUGGCUAUCAUCAUCAUAAUCCAAAUCAUAUGGAAACACCGUCGGUUGAUGUGCCAGCAAAUCAUGGUUUCGAUGAUUCAACCACAAUAUCCGAGCUAUCAAAAGCUGAAGUUGUCAAUUUGGCCAUUAUACCGGCAUUUGAAGGUGAUUUACAUCGUUUCCAUGAACAACAACAGAACGAUGUGUCCAAUGACAAUAAUCCAUACUUUAAUAUGGAAGAUGAUGAAAAUGGCAAUGAUGUGGCGGUGGCUGGUAAACAGCACAAGCAUCGACAUCAUAAAAUUAAAGAUUUAUCGGCCUUACAUUGUGCGAUGCAAGCAUUGGUUGCAAUUGCUGCGCUGGCCACCGUAUUUGGUAUGCUUGGCGCAUAUUUUAAGCAACGAAUCUUGGAUCAGCUAACUAUAAUGCAUUGGUGAGAAUUAAUGGGUAUUCGAUUUUGGAUUGCACUCAAUAGACGGAGUGGCAUGUUUGUUUAAAUUGUUACAAUACAAAUAUUGCAACAUUUUAAACACGAUCACAGGCGAAACGAACAUUUUAUCGAAACCGUUUCUUUUUGAGAAAUUCACAUAAUCGAAUUGAUCACAAACGAAACAUUCGACUAGAUAAUUUCGGUAUUUGCAUGAUGAUCGUAAAUGAACAUGCGAAAUGCGACACUUUUUUCUCCACAAUCAAUGGCUCAAUUCGUGUGUAUUUGAUUCGAUGAAAUUGAGUCAUCUCGAUUCGAAAAUUUGCCAAUGAAUAGAAUUGAUACAGUCACUGGUUGUUGGGGGGGUGCCAUUUCCGGAAAAUCCAGUUACAUGAAUCGAGUACCCAGUCAAAUAAACAAUAAAUCAUAAUUUAUUUAAGAUGUUUUAAAAAUGCAAAUUACUUGAACGUAUAUAUUUAAAAUUCAUUUUAAAUGUGCAAAACAAAAACAAAUCCUAUUCGAAAUCUAUGAAAACUACAAAAGAAAAACCACUCACCCAGAUGCAUAGUGGAUGUGGGAAAAAGAAAUUGAAAUUAUUAUUAACUGCUAAUUAUGGAGCGAACAAAGUGUUUUCGACAAGUGCUGGCAAGAAACGAAAAACUGAACUCUCAACCGCCUACAAAUUUUCGAAUGAAAUCUAAAGUAGCAGUACGAAAAAAUGCCAAUGGAAUAUAUAUGUAUCGAAUAAACUGCCUCAAAUAUAUGUUAUGCACACUCUCCUCCGAAAAUAAAUUAGUCAGAAAAGAAAGCCAUACGAUUACAAACAAGAACUAACCCCGAAUUGACAAAAUGUUUAAAUAAAUGUAUAAAUAUAUAGUUUGCGUUUCAUACAAGAGGAAAUUGACGUACUAUAAUAGAAAACGAAAGAAAGAUUAGGAAAAAAAUACCCGAACUGUGACCAAAAAAAAAAAAGAACAAACAAUUAUUGACCAUAUUAAUCUAUCUAUA